AUGUUUACCGUUUCCGUCCCGGCGAUCGGUGCGGCCUUUGACUGGUUCUUCAAAACCGCGCCGGACGGGUUGAAGAGCUUCACGGAAAUGCGCUUGAAGGAGGAAUUUUCUUCUUCUUCAUUACCUUCGAACCUCCAACGCGCGACCAUCACGAAUGUGAAAACCUCUGCCUUAGCGGAUUUUGCAAACCGCGGGUACGUUCUCGGGCAGUUCUCGGUCACUUUCAAGGCAGCUCACGGGGGUGUGGAUAAACUCAUGCCGCCUAAUGGGCAGUUGUCGAGACUGAUGCUCACCUACGCCACUGCGAAAGCGACGAAGAUUGUCACGACUGCGGACACGAAUCUGGUGAACAACGUGGAUGUUGACCCCUUCUCCCAGCUGAUUUUCAUCCCCGACGCGGUUUUCCCCGCUGGGGGAAUCAGUUCCGGGCAAGACUACAGUCUUUCCGGGCAAGUGGUUCUCCCUCUCAACGGCCGUGUUGCCGAUGUCGACCCAGUUCUCUACUCCCUCGGUACGACAAAACAGACGGAGUUCAAGCAAGAGUUGGUCAAAGCUUUAAACUUCUUCGGUCUGCACACGGAGGACGGGCUGGUUACCAUCAGUUGGAAGGGAUCGGUUUCUGCGAUUUCGACGGAUCGAACGGUGCUGGAUACGAAGUCCUAUCAAAUGUAAAAAUGUCUGGGUCUGGAAGAAUGCAACCUGUCAUGCUAAAUCUGAAGCAUGCAAAAAUCUUCUGUGUUGCAUGAUUACCAAAAGCUGUCCACUUUUGGCCUAAUCGAGAGGCAGUUUCUCAUGCAGGAGAGGCAUGAUAGAACUCUCACAGAAUCUGUGAUGCUCUGUCCUAGAUACCAGACCUCAUGAGUCAUGUAAAAUCUGCAUCACAAGUUGCAUUCUUCCAGACCCAGACAUUUUUACAUUUGAUAAGUCCGCGUCGGAUUUGGUAAUGAUCGAGACGGACGCGAUGGAAAUCGACUGCAAGUUAGCGUUAUGCACUGCAAAAAUGUCUGGGUCUGGAAGGAUGCAACUUGUGAUGCUACCUUUGGACUCUACAGAAAACCUGUAUUGCAUGAACAGCAAAAGAGGUGCGAUUUGUGCUACGCGGAGGAGGCAUUUCUCAUGCGGUAUGAGCAUCAGAAAGCCCUCGCAGAAUCUCUCAUGCUAGGGCAUGCAUCACAGACCUCAUGGGCCAUGCAAAAUCUGCAUGACAAACUCCUGCAUUCUUCCAGACCCAGACAUUUUUGCAUUUGAUAAGCGUCCGACACGGACAUGAGCACGAAAGUGCAUGGCGAGACGCACAGGGAGCUGGAGAGGCGGGCUGGAGAAUUAGCGAAGGAGGCGAUG